UUGCUUCCCUUGUGGUUUAUUGCACUUCCUGUUCCCUUGCUCACUGCGGAAGUUCCUCUUCUUACCCUGCACCCAGAGCUUGGCCGAAGAGGACUAGGGCAGAAGGCACCAUGAGUGGUGGCCCUGUAGGAGGCAGGCCUGGGGGCCGAGGGGGCCCAGCAGCUCAGCAGAACAUUCCUUCCAACCUCCUCCAGGACCAUGAGAACCAGCGACUCUUUGAGCUGCUUGGCCGAAAAUGCUCGACACUGGCCACUGCAGUUGUUCAGCUGUACCUGGCGCUGCCCCCUGGAGCUGAGCACUGGACCAUGGAACACUGUGGGGCUGUGUGCUUCGUGAAGGAUAACCCUCAGAAGUCCUACUUCAUUCGCCUUUAUGGUCUUCAGGCUGGUCGGCUGCUCUGGGAACAGGAGUUGUAUUCACAGCUGCUUUACUUCACUCCCACCCCCUUCUUCCACACCUUUGCUGGAGAUGACUGCCAGGUAGGACUGAACUUUGCGGACGAGAGUGAAGCCCAGGCCUUCCGGUCCUUGGUGCAGGAGAAGAUACAAAAAAGGAAUCAGAGGCAAAGUGGAGAAAGACGACAGCUACCACCACCACCACCAGCAGCAGCAGCAGCAGCAGCAGCCAGUGAAGAGAGAAGAGGAGGAGGGCUCCCACCUCUGCCCCCACAUCCAGGUGGAGACCAUGGGGGCCCAUCAGGUAGUCCACUAUCUCUAGGACUUGUGACAGUCGACAUUCAAAACCCUGACAUCACAAGCUCCCGAUACCGUGGGCUCCCUGCACCAGGCCCUGGCCCAGUUGAUAAGAAACGCUCAGGCAAGAAGAAGAUCAGUAAAGCUGAUAUUGGCGCACCAAGUGGAUUCAAACAUGUCAGUCACGUGGGCUGGGAUCCCCAGAAUGGAUUUGACGUGAACAAUCUUGACCCGGAUCUGCGGAGCCUGUUCUCCAGGGCAGGAAUCAGCGAGGCCCAGCUCACUGACGCAGAGACCUCCAAGCUUAUCUAUGACUUCAUUGAGGACCAGGGUGGGCUAGAGGCCGUACGGCAGGAGAUGAGGCGCCAGGAUCCACUCCCUCCACCACCGCCGCCAUGCCGAGGAGGAGGAGGGGGAGGAGAAAGAGGAGGUGGAGGAGGAGGGGGCCAGCCCCUGCGACCUCCUAUUGUGGGGAGUAAUAAGGGUCGUUGUGGUCCACUGCCCCCUGUACCUGUGGGGGGUGCCCCACCCCCACCAACACCCCGGGGGCCCCCACCCCCAGGCCGAGGGGGCCCUCCACCACCACCCCCUCCAGCCACCGGACGAUCUGGACCACCACCUCCUCCACUCCCUGGAGCUGGGGGACCACCAGUGCCGCCCCCACCCCCACCCCCACCCCCACCUCCACCCAGCACUGGGAGUGGGCCAGCCCCUCCCCCCCUCCCUCCUACUCUGGUGUCUGCGGGGGCGCCCGCACCUGGUGGAGGCCGGGGCGCACUUUUGGAUCAAAUCCGGCAGGGAAUUCAGCUAAACAAGACCCCUGGAGCUACGGAGAACUCAGUACAGCAGCCACCGUCUCAGAGGUCAGAGGGCCUAGUGGGUGCCCUGAUGCAUGUGAUGCAGAAGAGGAGUAGAGUCAUCCAUUCCUCAGAUGAAGGGGAGAGUCAGACCGGUGAAGAUGAAGAGGAUGAUGAGUGGGAUGACUAAAGCGUGUUCCUUCCUGCAGGCCAGACACUGUCACCCUGCCAUCCAGAUCCCCCUCCACUAUUAGCUUCGAAAUUGAGUUGUGGUUGAACUUCAACCCACUCUAAGCUCAGCAUCCAAUCUUAAACAAAAAGUUCAGUUCUUAUUACUCAGGGAUUAAAAAGAAAGCUACGUC